CAUUUUUGUCUGGUGAGAUGUGCAAGAGUGCCAUCAAACAACUUUUGAUUCAGCUAGCUAUCAUACUGGAACUAAAGAAGUCGAACAAAAUUGUUAAUUUUAGUAUUAGAUUGAGGACACAAUUUCAAUGGAUUACGAGUCAUUUCAAUCACAAACAACGUCAAUUUUGGCUAUUGUUGUUGAAGCGGCCAUAGCGGAAAUGUGCAGAGUUGAGCAUGAAGGGUCAAUCAUGGCAUCAUGUAGUGAAAUAUCUUGCACUGGAGAUGAUGGUGAUCAAAAUGCCAACACAGGGGUGGGUGUCUUUCUACCUAGCCAGGUAACUGGGUUGGACCCAUUUUGAAACGAGGUUUGCGUAACAGUACCUAAUGUAGCCUAUUACUUCCAAGAUAGCUAGCUGUUCAUUAGCCUAACAUCUUGACGGUCCGAUGCUCAGUUAGUAAAAUGUACUGACCCAGUCCUAACUUCAGGGGUCAGGAGGACUCUAGUCUCACUGGUAUGAUGGCCAACAGCCCAAACAUAUUUUGGAACCACUGCUUUACUAGAUGACCCUAGUUGAUGUCAUCCCUCAGAUAACACACUAAAGAUCAAACUGUGGGAUAUGGGGUGUUGUUUAUUAGGAUCGAACGGUGGGAGAUGGGGUUUAGUUUUUUAGGAUCAAACUGGGAGAUGGGGUCAUAAUAUGCCAUUUAAUAUGUCAUGAUGUGGUUGUGAUAUUAGGUAGCCUAAUAUUACCUAGCCAUGUUUUUCUUUCCAUUUCCAUCAGGCACAGCUUGUCUCCAUCAUGCACCUGUUGAUGAAGGAAGCCGUUAGAAAGUUAUGUAGGUUAUUCAGAGAGUGUACUACAAUUCUACAAAAUGAAAAUGAGACCCUGAAGAAUAAGCUGGAAUUUAUGGUGACACCAUUGGAAAAAGGUGAGAUCCGAGAAAGAGUCAUUCUGAGUUGACCAACAGUAAUCAGUUCGGUUAGUUGGGAGAGUGGCUGCAAUCCACAGGAAAUCUCACAGAUUGUAAAAAUCCCAAAUACAACAUUAAAAUCUAAAUAGCAAGAAUACCAUGCAGAGCAUUAGAUUAACUGUACUGCGUAAACAUUAAUCUGAUUUCAUAUGAAAGAGAAACAGGGUUGAAAUAGUUCCACUUAUUUCCAUUUCUCUUUUAGGUUAUGUCAUGUCUCCUACCAGUGCAAUGACAGAUGGGGAGACCUCCGCAUCAUCAGAGGAAGACUGUGAGGUGGGUAGAUUGUAUUUCAUCAAAUCAUGCCAAAUGAGAAAUCAUUGUAAUAGGAAGUCUGUUUUUACUGUGUUUGUGUCUGUCGGCAGGAGGAUGGCUCAAUCGACUGUUCAAUCAAGGAGUGUGAUAUCUCAGGAAUCAAUGCAACAUCAACCAGUGGAGAGGGUAAAACUUUGAUUGCAGUGAUUCUGCUCAGUAGACGUCUCAACUGUAUUUAGAUACGUGUAUUGCGAUUAACCAGAGGUUCAUGUGGCUUUCUUUAUGUUUGCACUCUAUUUGUCCUGAGGUCCUGCAGAUGUUGACAAUGCAUGCAGAGAGAGUUCAGCCGCAGACAGUGACCCCCCUGCAGGAGACAGAGAGGAAGUAAAAACAGAGCCCACAUCAAGAAACACUGAAAGUGACGUUGAACACAUCAAUGAUGCUCUCACUGAUGGCACACUGGUCAAAACAGACGGCAAUGGAACAAAUGAAGAAGUUUCAUUUGCUGAUGUAACAGAAACUACAGAGCACAGCAGCCUCAGAACAAAGCAGAUCUUUCCCAAAAGGAAGAAAUCCUUAAACUGUGACCAGUGUGGGAGGCGUUUUCAUCUGAGCAGCUUGCUGAAACAGCACAAGCGAGUUCACACUGGAGAGAAGCCUUUCUGUUGUGGCCAGUGUGGAAAGAAGUUUAUAUACUUAACUUCUCUCAACAAGCAUGUCUUGGGACACUCAGAAGGGAGGACUUUCGGUUGCACAGUUUGCGGAAAGACAUUCCGUGAGGAGAGAGCAUUAAAUUCACACAAGUUUGUUCAUUCGGAGGCAAAACCAUUCAACUGUCUGACUUGUGGACAGGGUUUCACAACAAGAAACAGUCUUAUUGUGCACCAGAGAAUUCACACGGGUGAAAAACCAUAUAGCUGCACUAUGUGUGGAAAGAGUUUUGCACAAUCCAGUUACCUCACGACACAUAAGAGAACACACUCCCAGGACAAGCCAUUUAGAUGUGCUCAGUGUCAAAAGGGUUUCAUGACUGAGCGGGCAUUGAAAUCUCACCAGGUAGUGCACACAGGGCUGAAGGCAUUUAAAUGUGAGAUAUGCGGGAGCAGUUUUGGUCACGAGGUCAACCUUAAAAGACACAGUCUGAUUCACACAGGGACUAAACCGUUCAGCUGUAAGGUGUGCGGAAAGCAGUUCAACCAAUCCAGCACCCUCAAAGGACACAUGCAGGUACACGAAGGAUUGAAGCCCUUUAUGUGUGACAUUUGUGGAAGAACGUUUGUAUACAAUUACGCUCUGAGAAACCACCAGCAGACACACAUGGAUGACGAAAAGAAGGACAAACACAGGAAACCACAAAGUUGUGAGAUAUGUGGGAAGCGCUACAGCUCCAUUGGGACACUUAAAAUACACCAGCUUCUUCACACAGGUGAGAAGCCAUUUGUUUGCUCUACAUGUGGGAAAACCUUCACCCAGCGAGCUGCUUGUGUCAUACAUCAGAAGGUUCACACUGGAGAGAAGUCUCACAUGUGCGGCGUGUGUGGGAAGAGCUUCAGUUUGCCAAACAGUCUUAGACUACAUGAACGAAUUCACACUGGCGAGAAACCUUACACAUGUGAAACUUGUGGGAUGACCUUUCGUAUCAGCGGUAACCUUAAAAGGCAUAUGCGCGUUCAUACGGGAGAGAGGCCCUUUAGCUGUGAAGUAUGUGGGAAAAUGUUUAGCCAAGCUAAUAAUGUCAAAGCUCACAUGCAGGUCCACAAAGGAGAAAAGCCAUACUCAUGUGACAAUUGUGGAAAAAGCUUUGCCUAUGUAAGAAAUUUCAAGGAACACAAGUGUGUCAAUAGAUAACCAUUUGCAGCACUGUGAGGAUUGUAUCACAACAUUUCUAGCUAGGGGAACCUACAUGGUUGACAUGUAAUUAUCAACUUUUAUUAGAGAGUGGGCAUUGAAAAGUAAGUAUGUUAGUUUUAGGGUUGAUGAUGCUGUAAAUCGAUAUCUGGGCAUUUGUUGAGCAGGAAGAUGACUUGGUCUUAGUAUUAUAAUUUAUUUGAAGAAAAAACGUUUUUGUUCUUUUGCAUUUUUUAUCAAAUCGCAUAAGCUUAUUUUUUCUUUAAAGGACAGAUUAAAAUUUACUGGGG